UCGCCCGAUUAUCCUAAUUCAGUAUCAAUGACGCCCGCGCCAAACCCGUCAUACCUAGUAAUGAAGACGUCAUUACUCACAGUAACUGAGACAUGCGCAGCAGUUCGAGAUUCAUUGGGCAGAAAAUACGUAUAUUUCGCUGCAGACACCGAGACUAGAUAUAGAUAGAACAGAAAAAUGUAUCCAACGGUGCAAAAAUAAAGAUAAAUAAAAAAUAGUAUACGAAGACGUCGGGCAUUCACGAGACGUGAGGCGAGAGCGGCAUUUUCGUACAUUGAGAGGGAGAGAGGCAGUGGCGAGGGAAGCUAUAUAGUAAAUUCGUACACAUAUACACCAGCGUGUGACGGGUGACAGGGAUACACCGGUGUCAUGGGUCUCAAGGAACUUAGAAUCGUUUUUGAUAAUCCAUGGAGUACCUAUUAUCCAGGACAAACUGUGACAGGGCGUAUUAUCGUCGUUGUGGACUCAGUGAAGAAAAUACGCGGUAUCAACGUAAAGAUUAAGGGUGAAGCCAACACGUGUUGGGCUACAGACAGACAGGAGUUGAAUCACGAAGGGAGAUAUGAAAAAGAGUCUGAAACAGUCACUGGUCAUGAGGAGUAUUUCAACAUUCAAUCUUAUGUUGUUGGGACAGCUUCUGGUGAUGACGAGAUCAUUCUACCGAUAGGUGAACAUUCCUAUCCGUUCACAUGCGCCUUACCCCAGAAUCUUCCCAGUAGCUUUGAACAUGACUAUGGACACGUGCGUUAUACAGUAAAGGCAAUUAUCGAUAGACCAUGGAAGUUCGACCAGGAAGUGAAGGCAGCGUUCACUGUCGUUUCACACUUUGACCUCAAUAGAGAAGCUAGAGCAUCGGAACCCAUUCAUCAAGAAAUGAGCAAAACUUUUUGCUGUCUCUGUUGUGGCUCACCACCACUGAAAGUCAACGUUAUUCUCCCAGUUAAGGGAUACGUGCCCGGUCAAUCAAUGGCUAUUAGAGUUAACGUGGAUAAUCAGUCGGGUAUUGUAGUGGAAACGGUGAAAUUAAUCCUGCGCAAGAUUAUCACGUUCAAAGCCAAUACUCCUAGAGUUAUCACACGAACUGAAAAAAUAGUUGUCGCGGAGGUGAGUAAAGGGCCUGUGGAGGCUGGUGGGACAUCUGAUUAUGAGCAGAAACUUGAAAUUUCUCCGCUACCACCGUCAAACUUGACCAAUUGCGGGAUUAUCGAUCUUGAAUAUAAUCUGAAAAUAGAAGCGUGUGUUCAAGGAUGGUACCACAGGAAUCUGAAGAGUAAUACGCUAGUAUUCAUUGGCACAAUUCCAUUGGCAAAUUACCAAGGAGAAAUUUCACCAUCAGGUAAGAGAGAACCAGGUGACAAUUAUCCAGAUAAGACUGCAGACCCAACAUAUGGUGGUUACCCGAGUGGAUAUCCCCCAUUUUCCCCUGGUGAUGGGUAUCCCACAGCCCCUCCUCAACCCCACGAUAACAAUGAUACACCGGUCCAAUUACCCAACUCUAAUGUUUACUCCAAUUUGCCGCCACCGUCUUACGAAGAAUACGGAUGGUCUGUGAGGAGCCUGAGAGAACGCGGGGAGUCUGACUACGUGAUGGGCAAUCAGGGGCACUUUGCACCGCGGUAUCCUGUUUACAAUUUCAUGAGGACGUGAACAAGAAAUUAAUGAACACAUAAUGUGGAAAUUUUUCGCUGUAAUGGCCUUCGCAAAUUUGUGGCAUAUUUUUUUGAUCCACGUUGACUUUUCGUGCACGCUACGUUUUUUUGCAAUCAAUAAUUUAAGAGCGUGUUAUAUUUUGAGAUUCAAUUUUUUAUCUGAAGCUGAGUUAUUGCUUGAAUAUAAUAACAUUUAUAAAGAAAAAGA